AUUUUGUAAGUUAAUAUAAGAAAUACUAGCAGGUCUACCUCCCGUCUGCGACAACCUGUAGUUUUGUUAGUGCCAUGGACGGCCGUUUAGAGACUGAUCUGUAUCCUCUGGGAUCCAGUUACGUCACUGAAAUAGACAGUGUCCAUGAUAUAACAGUCGGCACAAAGAGGGGAUCUGACGAACUCUUUUCCUCCUGCAUCUCUAACGGACCUUAUAUAAUGAGCUCUGGAGCAGCAAAUGGUAAUGACAGCAAGAAGUUCAAAGGGGACAUCAGGAGCCAAGGCAUUCCUUCACGAGUCAUUCAUGUACGCAAACUGCCAAAUGACAUAAAUGAAGCAGAAGUUAUUUCUUUGGGGCUUCCUUUUGGCAAAGUGACCAACCUUCUGAUGCUGAAAGGAAAGAACCAGGCCUUCCUGGAGAUGAACACGGAGGAGUCCGCACAGACCAUGGUCAGCUACUACUCCUCGGUCACCCCUGUCAUCCGCAAUCACCCGAUCUACAUGCAGUAUUCCAAUCACAAGGAGCUAAAGACUGACAACUCACCCAACCAAGUUAGAGCACAGGCAGCACUGCAGGCGGUGAAUGCGGUCCAGACAGGAAGCAUGUCUUUGAGCACUGUUGACGGAGCAGGCAUGGGCAGCCAAAGCCCUGUACUGAGAGUCAUCGUUGAAAACCUCUUCUACCCUGUUACUCUUGAUGUUCUUCACCAGAUUUUCUCAAAGUUUGGCACAGUUUUGAAGAUUAUAACCUUUACCAAAAACAACCAGUUCCAAGCACUGGUCCAGUACUCGGACGGAAUGACUGCUCAGCAUGCAAAACUGUCUUUAGAUGGACAGAACAUCUACAAUGCCUGCUGUACCCUUCGCGUCAGUUUCUCGAAGCUCACCAGUUUGAAUGUUAAGUACAACAAUGAUAAGAGCAGAGACUACACUCGCCCUGACUUGCCUACAGGAGACAGUCAUCCCUCCCUCAAUGCACAGACGAUGGCUGCAGCUGCCUUGACUGCUCCUGGUCUUAUCUCUGCAUCACCAUAUGCUGGGGCUCAUGGUUUCCCACCAACAUUUGCCAUUCAGCAGGCAGCAGGUUUGUCUCUGCAGGGUGUGCCUGCUGGGGCUCUUGCAUCGCUCGGUGUCCCCGGUGCCGCCGCCGCUGCUGCUGCAGCAGCUGCAGCAGGACGUCUGAGUCUUUCUGGUCUCGCUGCUGGAGGAAACAGUGUCCUGCUGGUCAGCAACCUUAACCCUGAGAGCGUUACGCCCCAAUGCCUCUUUAUUCUUUUCGGCGUGUAUGGUGACGUCAUGAGAGUGAAGAUCCUAUUCAACAAGAAAGAGAAUGCUUUGGUGCAGAUGUCUGAUGGAACCCAAGCCCAGCUAGCCAUGAGCCACUUGAAUGGACAGAAACUGUAUGGUAAGGCUUUGCGGGUCACUCUCUCCAAACACACCACUGUGCAACUGCCACGUGAAGGCCAUGAGGAUCAGGGGCUCACCAAGGACUACAGCAACUCUCCUCUUCACCGCUUCAAAAAGCCAGGCUCCAAGAACUACUCCAACAUCUUCCCUCCUUCCUCUACUCUCCAUCUUUCCAAUAUACCACCUUCUAUCACUGAAGAUCAUCUCAGAGGCUUGUUUCUAAGUUCAGGAUCUGUGGUUAAGGCCUUCAAGUUUUUCCAGAAAGACCGAAAAAUGGCCCUUAUCCAGUUGGGCUCUGUGGAUGAAGCAAUCGAGUCUCUGAUCAAAUUUCACAAUCAUGACCUGGGAGAGAACCAUCACCUCAGAGUGUCUUUCUCCAAGUCCACCAUCUGAUAGAGGCUGUUUUGAUUUCGAGAAGGUGAAAGGACUGUCACUUUAGACCAAACUUUAAGCCUUCCACAAUUUAUAUCACUGUGGACAGAUGUUUUCCACAACACACACUUCAUCAUUCCUUUAUUAUAUCUAUAUUCAAAUAUGUAUGUCUAUUUGUAAUUCCACUUUGAACCCAACGUGACUUGGGUUUUAAUAGUACCUUUUCUCAGACGGUUUGUCUCAUGAUUUAGUUCAUCAUUGGCACACAUCGGUUUUGGAUCAUAGAUGCUGCAUAGUUUACACUUGUGCCUCUGCGGAAAGCCGCAGCCUUUCAGGUUGCACAUGCAAAGCCUUGUUUGGUUUGGUGAGCCUUUAAUUAAGGUUUUUUUUUUUUUUCUUUUUCUUUUUUUCCUCUCUCAAAGCUAUUCCCUAUUUACCUUCCCAAAAAAAGCAACUGUGCCUUACAUGGUGCUUAAAGUAUAUCUUAAUGGCCUUAGUAAUGUCUUGAUGUUUUUGGCUUCUUUGCAGAAACCAUUAACCUCAGACAUACAAAAAAGACUGCCUGAUGUCCCAGGUGGUCUCUGUUUAAAUUUGACCAGUGAAAGCACAGGAAUGUUUUCCUGUGAAAGGCAGCAACUAGAUCAUAGUUCCUUACAGGCUUCGGUUUUGUACCUGACUGUCACAGCUCGUUUUACAUAUAGUUAUUUUAUAUAUGUGGUUCUACUCUGUAUGUACCAUUUUCAGAAUAUUCUAUAUUUGUUUAGUUUCAUUCCAUAUUAUUUACACUUGUAUACUGUAUCAUCUUUUUGGGCAUUGGCCCACUGCGCUCUGUCUAUACAAUCAUAUUUUUCAUUUAGUUUGGAGUGGGACACUUAACCACCAAAAGCCCCCCACCCAACACACCCUUCUCCCUGUUGCUUAUUAAAGGUUUUGUUGAUUACAUCACAUUUUGUUUAUGCUGAGUGUGGCAAAGGAAGUCUAGUUCAUGAGUGUUAUAAUGAACUUCCAGAACUCCCGUUUCUACUGUGUCCAUUUGUCACUUGCCUUUUGUGUUAAAGAAUAUUAGCAUUACAGUGUCUUGAUCUCCUCUGUGAGUUUUGUGUGAACCGAGAGACCUGUGAUGAUGCUUCAGACUGUUUUUAGCACUUCUUCGUGUGGGGAGGAAAUAUUAAGGCCUUGUUCUUUCUGAUGCAUCCAUUUCAUGUUAAUUGUGACAUGAGACUUGAUGCGCUGACAUUCCCUUUUACUUUUCAGCUUGUGCUAUGGGGGAAAUUCUUACUUUCUUUUAUCCUUUGUAAUUUAGCAGAAUAUUGGUGUUACUGACAGGUGUUGAGCUUGUUUGGGUGGGUAUUCAUUCUUUUCUUUUUUUGAAUAGUAGCAUGAUGGACCAAAGCAUCUUCCCUGUCCUGCCAGCCAGUUUUUGAUCUCUUGUAUCUUUACUGUGCAGUGACAUUGUUUUAUCAACCGCUUUGAUUUCAUUGGGCAGAGGGUGAAAAAAUUGAAGGUUUGUGUAUUAUUAUUAUUAUUAUUAUUAUUGCCUUUCUUUACAAGAAGCAACACAAGAUCUUAAAGAAAAUAUUACAAAUUAUAGAAAACGUUGCAGGCUUUUUUUGCCUUAUGUAUCAAAUGAUUAUUUCUGUUAUCAGAGAACAGAACCAAACCAGUCUUAAAGUAGCAACAGGGCUCCCUUAUUACUGCGUUAGUUAAACUUCCUUGUUUUUCCCAGUGUGGAUAUAAUGUUGAGAAACAGAGUGGGUGAGGGCUACUGUAUAUAAUCUUUGUUUUGUACAAGUAAUUGAAAAUCAACAAUUUCUGUGUCAAACAUGUAUAUUUUGAUAAGGUUAUUAUAGCAGACAUUCAGCUCAUUGUAGAGCCUUCCUUUUUUUUUAUUACACAAUAUUAAAAGAGAUUCCAACA